ACCUCCAUGGACAUGCUCACUCAUUUCAUAGGUUGUCCAAAUCCAUAUAGAUUAUAACAAUAAUAUUUAUACUAUUAUUAAAAACUUAAAAAUUUCCAUUGGAGCAACUGCAACUGCAAACAAACAAAAUAUUCCCCCCUCUGCAUUAGGGAUUUCUUUUCUUCUGUAUGUGGAUUUCGAGGUAGCCAAAAUUAUUAGUAAAUGGCUUCUUAAGCUGUAUCAAAAGACCAGAGAAUCUCCCACAAUGAUGAUGUUGCCAGCUGGGCUUUAAAACCUGCAACUGAUCUCAUCAUCCAUGUUCCUUCCCAAUACAAAAAUAUUAACAAACCAUUGCACCUCGUGGGGGCUGUAUUACAAUUAUUUCUCCGCACAUGAAAAUUUGAUACUCACAGAAAAAAGGGCAGUCGACCAUUUCAGUUGUCUCUGCUUAAAUUAGAUUUUGGGCAUAUGACUUGUCGGCGAUCCAGCAUAAAUUAAAUGGCGUUAUUGAAGCCACAAGCCCUUUUGAUCAAUUUUUUUUCCUGUUUCAAGCUAUACUUAAUUCUGUGUCAUUCAAAAAAUCACUGGAUGGGUCGAAGCCUGAUGACUAAAAGUGUACAAUUAGGUUUCAUCUGAAGCCACGUUCUGUCAAUUUAGGGCGUAAUCGCUGGGAAUCUUCAUUACACCUCUUUUCUGAGAUUUUUUUAAUGGUUAUGAAAUUGUAUAAAAGGCUACUGAAGUAUAAUGAUCUGCAUAUUCCAAUCAGUUUGCACAAUGCAUUCAAGUGGAAAUUGCCAGGGAAGCUCUGUGUGCAAGAUGAAACAUCUGUUUUGCGCUUUACAUCUACUAUAUCUCUGUUGCAUUACUGCUGCAGCUCCUAUAAAAAAUGGUUUGCUGAAGAAUGGAAACUUUGAGUACGGUCCAAAGCAAUCCAUGUUGAAGGGAACAGCGAUCAAGGGAUCGAACUCGCUGCCCUUUUGGCAAAUCGAGGGCUUUGUUGAAUACAUAAAAAGCGGGCACCAACAGGGCGAUAUGUUAGUAGUAGUCCCGCAAGGGGAUCAUGCUGCAAGGCUGGGGAACGAGGCACGGAUAAGCCAGACGGUGGAGGUGAAAGAGGGAUCCUUCUAUUCUCUCACAUUUAGCGUGGCUCGAACCUGCGCCCAGCAGGAGGCAUUGAAUGUCUCUGUUCCGCCGGAGGCAGGGCAACUGCCAAUGCAGACCCUGUACAGCAGUACCGGGUGGGAUUCCUACGCUUGGGGUUUCCAGGCGGCUUCCAGCAAGGCGCAAAUCAUUUUUCACAACCCGGGCGUGACGGAUGAUCCCGCCUGUGGCCCUCUCAUUGAUGCAAUCGCCAUUAAGGAGCUGAAACUACCCCGGCAUCUUAAGGGUAAUUUGAUAAAAAAUGGGAAUUUUGAAGAAGGACCUCUGGUGUUCCGCCGCUCUGCUUAUGGAGUUCUGCUGCCUCCCAACAUAGACGACGACAAUUCCCCUCUGCCAGGCUGGAUAAUCGACUCUCUGAAAUCCGUCAAAUACAUCGAUGCCUUGCACUAUGCAGUACCAGAGGGCAAAAGAGCUGUGGAACUGCUGGCGGGCAAAGAGAGCUCCAUUUCCCAGAUUGUGCCCACAACUAUGGGGAAAACUUAUGUGCUGAGCUUCAUGAUCGGAGACGGAAGCAAUACUUGCAGUGGAUCCAUGAUCGUCGAGGCUUUUGCAGGAAAAGACACUGUGAAAGUGCCCUAUGAAUCCAAGGGCACCGGAGGCUUCAAAAGUGCCCAACUAGCCUUCAAAGCAGUUUCUGCAAAGACUCGGAUCGUGUUCUACAGUACAUUUUAUCAUGUGAGGAGUGAUGAUAUGAGUUCACUGUGUGGACCGGUUAUUGACGAUGUUAAGUUGGUUCUCCAUUAAAUUUAUGUUGAUUGUGCUUCCAUUGCUUUGCUCUGCUGAUAUGCUUAUCAGAACUAGAAGCAGAUGACAGGCCUCUGUGAGGUAUAUGAGAGUAACCGAGUCGCAUAUCAUUUAGAUAUGUUAGCUAAAAUGAAGCCCAUCAACAGUAAUAGCAUCAUGAAAACAGCAGGAUUCAGCACCCUGUUAUAGGCUGGGCCCUGGGGUGAUAUCGAGCCAGGCCAGCCAGUCAUAUAUGUAUUUUAGAAAUAAUGGUAAAUGUUAAAUUAAUUAUUUUCAGUGA